AUGCAGCGACAACAGCCAGUAAGUUUCUCGAGUUUUUCAGUUUUGUAAAGAAAUUUAUGAUCUUAAUUUCCAAACUUUCAGACGCCUAGAUUCAUAAGACUCGCCACCAAAAGAAGAACAAUCCUCGAAAAUAUCAAUAAAAGACCGAUUGAUAAAGCCAAGAAAUGCGAGGAAAUGGCUGUUUUCAUUCGAUCUGAAAACGAGGAAUGCCAGGAGGAGUUCGAGAGAUGGAAAAAUGAGGUAAAGCUGGUUGCGCCCGACUUGAAACGACUUGCGAGCUGGAAGAAGAGAAAUGCGACAGAGCAGGCUAUGAGCCAUUCCAAGUGCGACCAAUCUAAAAUUUUUUCUGGAAAAAUUAUUCAGAGCCUUCCCGGUAACAAGAGAGACAGUGCAGAAGGCUAAAUAACAUUCCAGCGCGCAAGUCGUUUUUGGUCGGACGCGCUAAAAGACGGUGUCUCAAGUUUUCAAAAAUUGAAGAAGUUUCAAUUUUAAAAGAAGUUUCAAUUUUAGAAGGAAAUUCGACCAAGUUCGAGCACUUCCACAUUUUCUUCAAGUAGGGUGAGUUUGAAAAAAUGAUUCUUUUUGAACAUUUUUUGAAAUCGCUUAAAAUCAAGUCCGGUUAGAGAAAAGAGGGCGCAGACAGGCUAUACAGUUUUAUAGAUUUUUUUUUUGUUUGAAGGCUCGUCCAGCAGCAAGAACCUCUAUUGGCUCUUCAACUACGGUAGGUUUUCCAAAAUCCCUUCUUGGGUCGAUUCGGGAGUUUUUCAGAAUUUCGCCUCAAUGAAUUUUUUCGCAAAUCUCGCUCCAGCCUUGAAAAUGACCCUUCGAGGGAACUCGGCGAUAGAAAUUCUGACAAACUUGGAAAAAACGGCAGACGAAGGCGACUGGGCAACGCGGGACCUCUACGACGCCUGGAUGAUUACGGUAAGCGUUGCGGUCGCGGCGCGGUCGCUUUGAAACUGCUUGCGCCUGCAACGUCGAGAAUGGAUUUAUUUAGCUACUUGAGCGUUAGAGUAGUCCCUAUAGUGGUCAGGAGGAAAAGACAGCCCUUUAAAGGACAAAAAGCGCUCCCUAUAGGAGUUGAAGCCCCUUAAGUGGUCCCUUUUAGAAGGAUCUUAAGCGUGAGUGGUCCCUAUAGUGAUCUUGAAAUUUUUCGUUUAAAUUUGAAAAUUAAAAAUGUUUUUUUCUUUCAAAAAAUGCUUGUAUAGAAAUUUUUUUCUUAUAAAGUUCAAAACAAUAAACAGUGAGCAUUUUUCCCUCUAGGGACCACUUUUGCGACCUUAAAACUCCCUACAAGAGGAGGGUAAGUGGUCCCUAGAGGGGCCUCCAAGUCUCCCCCUAUAGGGACCAUUCUGGCGCUCCAACUAUCCAUUUUUACAAGAAAAAGCCGUUUCGAAUCGUGGAAAGUAAAAAAUCUAAAAAAAUUCAUGAACUGUGUUGAAAUUUUAAUGAAAGAGUUCCACAAGUGCGUUCUAACGAACUUUUUUUUUAGUUUUUAUCCGAUUCUUUUUCUUUUGAGUCUAGACUUUUUAUUGAAAAUCCCUUUUGUGCAUUGUUUUGAGAUAUCAUUUCAAUAGAAUGCAAAAAAUUAGAAUUUCUGUAGCUUUUUUUGUCCCCGGCCCGGAGUGAAUUCAUCCUUCCUUCCUCAAAUAAUGGUGACAUUUGAAUCUUAUCAUUUUCCCUUCUUUUAUCACUCUCAAGGACUCAUCCAUCGAUUUUUGGUGGUUUCGAAAGGCUGAUAACACUGCAAAACGACUAAGAAUUGAUGAAGUUUUUUGGAGAAAAGAUCGAAAAAUGGAAAAUUUGUCAAAAUCCAAGAAAAAAAUUUUUUUUUUUUGUAAAACUUUCAUUGAGAUGCAAGAAACUUUUGAAGAAGAAAAAAUAGUUAAAAAUAUCAUUUUCAUUGGAAAAAAAACCUAGUUUAUAGAGCUUUCAGAUUACUCUGAGAGAAUUUCAAGUGGCCACUCAAGAAGUCCCACUUGGAGAGGACUCUGAAGUGGCCACUUUAGUAGUUUUUAGUGGGCAGGUAAUACCCCAUAAGCUUUCAAUAUGGCCAUCAGUUUCUAGGCACUUAAGGGACCACUAGUUCGACUACUUUAGUGGUCAUUGAGAAAUCAAAACCCUAAAGUGGCCACUAAAUUUUUCGGAGUUGGUUGAAGCCGAAAGGAAAUGUUGCAUACUGCGAAAAUUAGUCUUUUUAGGGAUUUUUCAAAAAUUGACCAUUAUUAAAUAAUUUCAGGUUGAUCCCAACUAUAAAUCGAAAUGGGCCCCGGACUUCAUCAAAAAAAGUUCAAAUCCAGAACCUCUUCGUCUGAUUUUCCAAAAGAAAUUGACGAACCAGGAAAAGUCGAAGGAAUUCGAAAGGCUACUGAAAGGACGACCUCGGGAAGAAGUCAAACGUUAUCUGGAAUGGAAAUUCGAAGUGGGAUUUUAUAAAUAUUAGAUUUUUCCUUACAGAGUACUGGUCAAUCAGCGUUAGACAUUUAAAAAAAUGACAAAAAAAGAAAAAAACAUUUUUUUCAAAAAACUCCUAGGAACUUGUAAUCAUCCAGAAAAAAAUUCGUUUUGACUAAAUUGACCUUCAUUUUAGCUUGAAAAUUGAGAUUUAAUUUUUUUAGGUUAAAUAUCUAUUUUUUUAAAAAAACUUCUGAAAGACAUAAAAGUUCGGUAAUUUUUGAAGCCUUUUUUCGAAUUUUACAAACCUUUUUUUCAACUUUAAGAGUUCAAAAAAAUGUUCUAAAGCCUUUUUUUCAUUUUUUUCAAGCGAUUCACCAAGUUUUUCAAACCUUAAUUCUUGAAUUUUUGAGACCUUUUUUCAAAUUUCCAAGCCGUUUUUUUCAAAUUUCAGGACUGAGAGUUCAAAAAUGUUUUAAAGCCUUCAACCUUUUGAAGCCUUAAUUUUUAAAUUUCUGAGGCCUUUUCUCAACUUUAAGGACUUUAAAAGUUCAAAAAUGUUCUGAAGCCUUUUCUCAACACUUUAGAGUUUUUUUCCAAAAUUUUGGCUUUUUUCAAAAAUGUCAAGCCUUUUUUCAAUUUUUUUCCCUUCACAAGCUUCACUUGGAAGCAACAAAAAGCAUUGAAAUAAAUCAAAAUGUUGCGUUUUAUUAAAAAGGAAUUAAAAUACUCAAGCAGAAGCUGCACCCGACUCUAACCGACUUUCCGUUUCUCUAUACUCUAAGAUGUUUUUGUCGGAAUUCUACUGGAAGCAAAAAAAAAAAUCGAUAUUUAUUUUUUCAGAACGUCAAAUCCGAAUUCCCUUUCAUGUCGACGGUGAAUAAUGAGACCGUCAAAAAUAUUUUCAAAAAAAUUAUGUUGGAUGGAAGCCUAAGCGAAGAGGAAAAAAUCGAGAAAUUGGAGAAUGUCAUGCCGGAUCCCAGUUCUAGAAUCGUUUUCAACGAUUGGAGCACAAAAAUCGCCGACGAGGUCUGUUUGAACCCGAAAAAAAAAUUGAAAAAUUGGAGCUAUCCUUAGAGCAAACUUGACCUAUUCAAAACGGCCGUUUUUCAUCUUUGCUAUUUUAAGACUCUAUUUCAUUUCAAGACAACUAUAUUAUCCGUGGAGCAGACUUGACUCCUUUUCGACGGCCAUUUCUCAUCUUUGAUAUCUUAGGACUCUAUUUCACUGUACGACAAAAAUAUUAUCCGUGGAGCGAGAUUGUUUUCUGAGCGGCUAUUUUUUCUCGACAUAAUUUAAUUUUAAAAACUUGUCCCUGUUUUUUUUUAAAUUUCAGUGUUUUUUUGGAAAAUUUCUCGGCUUUCACUCUGAAUUUUGUGUUGAAAAAUAUCUCUACAGAAUGAGGCAAUUUUUUUCUUAUCCGAAAAAUUUUAUUUCUUGUUUUUUUGGCUCAAAAUUAUCAGUAGAGCGCUAUUGAUUCAAUGCGGCUAUUUUUCGAUUUUUCAGAAAGAAGCCUGGCUGAAAGCACAGAAGCCGACCUUUUUCGACGUUUUCAAAAAGUUUAUCCAAUUUUUUGUUUGAAAAAUAUUUCGAUCCCAGAAUGUCGCCGAUGACGAAUAUUCUGAUCCUUGGCGAGUCGGGAAUCGGAAAAUCGACCUUCUUGAACGCCCUGAUCAACUACUUGCAUUAUGAUUCCUUGGCAGAUGCUGAAAAGGGCGGAUAUCAAGCCCUUAUCGAUUCUUCCAUCACCCGGGUCAAGGAGGUUGGUUUCAUUUUCAGCUGAGGAGAUGAAAAAAGGUAAAUUUUAUUCAAACUGUCUCUUUUCAAAGAUUUUUUAUGCGAGUUUAGAAGUAACGCAAAUUUUGUAGCGAUUUUUCCUUUAAAACAAAUGUAAACCUCAUUUUUAAAUAGAGUUUUGAUAGAUAAAAGUCAAAGGUUGAAAAUUUAAGAGACAUAUGGUCUCACUAACCUUACUGAAAAGGUGCAAAAAAGUGCCCUUUUAGCCCCUUUUUCCCAUUUUCUUUUUAUGGCGAAGAACCUUUUUAUCGGUUUUGUAUUCAUUCUUUUCUGGUACCUCCUUCUUUCCAACAAACUUUUAUUCGCUUCAAAAAAACAUUUCGACUAAAAAAAGGCGCUAAAAAACCCUUUAAAUACUGCCAGAGUGGUCCCUAGAGGAGGCCCCAGAAGGUUCCCCUCUAGGGGCCACUCUACCUACCCCUAUAGGAGCUACUGAAGGGCAAUCUUAGAGACCCAAGGUCCCCCUCUAGAGGCUACUGAAGCUCGCAAAAGUGGACCCUACCAUCAUCUUCAGAGGCUUAGAGGUGACACCCUAAAAACCUAUAGGACUACCUAAAUUUGACCCCCUAUAGGGAGCACUUUUUUGUCCCCUAUAAGAACUUUUUCGCCCCGUUAUCCCUAUGGAGACCACUCUGGCGCGCAUUCUUGGACUUUGUACUUAUUUUUUUUUCCAGGGAACUUCGACAAAAAUCCAUAUCCGUGCGACGGUCGCCAACGGCAGCGCGAAUUCGAACGAAAAUCACGCAACCGGGGAAUCCUGUACCCAGGAAGCGUUGGACUAUCUUUUCGAGUAUUCCUGUGCCGACGUCAAGCGUCAAAUCAGGUACUUUCCUUUUUUCCGAGAGAAAUUUCCGGGAAAGAUGUGUUUUGUCCAUAGAGCAGCUUUACUGCGAAACGUGGGAAUUCAAACCUUGUUCUCGAGACUUUGAAAUAUUUAUUUUCCAAACCAGCAAGUUUUGUGCACUUUCAAGCGUAUCGACAAAGCUCUACAAAAUGGCUCAUAUUCCUUUAAAUCAAAACUUCUGAGAGAUUAAAUUUUUUUCAUUAGGGCGAAGAUGAUAAUAGUGAAACUAUGAGUAUCUGUAGGAUAAAUAUCACAAAAUUAUUUUUCUAGAGGACACCAAAUUUCACAAAAAGCCUCUUGGAUUCAAGCUCUCUUCCGUUUUGUUAUAGUUUGUGGCCCCGCCCUUAAUAACGCGAUAAACCAAUCAGAGAACGAGUCGAAUGACGUCAUUGUACUUGACGAUCAAAAUAUGAACAGACUACGAAAUAAUUUUCAAAUUUUCUAAUGGUUUUUGAGAAUUUUCACUCAUUCGCCUUUAGCUUUGUACAGUUUGAUUUCUCUACACCCUCUCAUUUAAGUACUAUUCCGCUGACCUUGGAGGUGAAGGAAAAGAGAGCGCAGACAGGUCAGAUUGUCUCAAGUCGUGGCGAGUGGGAAGUUAAAAAAAGGGCUUUUUAAAAGACCUUCCUAGAAACUUUACUGGAUUUUUUUGUCAGAAGGAUCCUUUUCAAGAAGCUCAAAAGGUAUUGAAAAGAGAAACAAUCCAGAAAAGGAGAAAAAAAAAACCGAUAAGAGAGUCUUUUCUCUAGAAAUGGAAAGAGUAAGGAGCUCAAGACAACUUUUUGCGCCUUUUUUGAACCUAGAAAAGAAGUUUCUGUUUUUUUUUGAGCUUUUCGAAACUCUGUCGAAAUUAGCCCAUCAGAGGCCUUUUUCUACCUUUUUUGAGCCUUCUCAAACCUAAGAAAAAUGGAAGGUUCGUCAAAAUGAAGUUCUCGCUGCCUUUCUUCAGGUUUUCUCUUCUUUCUUUAAUUCCCUGGCCUUUUAAACUUUUUUUGAAAUUGACUUUUGAAGGAUCAUCGACACGCCUGGAAUGGUGGACACCCGCGGACCUGAACAAGACACGAUGAAUGUGGAGAAAAUUCUGGAGUUCCUGACGGGAAUCGACCGUCUCGACGCGAUCAUGGUCCUCUUGAGGCCCAAUCAGGCCCGUCUGACCCUCAAGUUCAAGUUCUGUCUCGACGAGUUGCUGGUCCAUCUCCACAAGGACGCCGCCAAGAACAUCUUCUUCUGCUUCACCAAUGCCAGGUUCUUCUUUUGGGAUGGGAUUUCUCUGGGAAACUGGGGAGACGUGCUUUUUUUAGAGCAGAAUCGUGCCUUGUAGUUCCUAAAGUGUUCUCACAGAAGUUCAUUUCACUUUGCGGUCGGGAAUUAUUGAAUUUUUGGCCAGAUUACUUCUUGAUGUAAGAUUCUGAAAGUUUUCCCCUGCAUUAACUUCUAUUUUUCGGGACACUUUAAAGUUAAAGAAGAUCAUAAAAAAGUUCCUAUUGAAAAUUGAGCCCCAAGUUGCGGUGUAGUCCUUCCGCAGUUUCAGACUGUCUGCGUCUCUUUGUCCCUCACCGGCGAGGCUAGAGAAACGUGAAAAUAGCACGUCAAUAUGAGAGGGUCACAAGAGACAAGGAGAGCGCAGAAAAGCCCCUCCAAGUCGCCAAAAAUGUACUAUUCUUUAAAGAUUUUCCUUGUAAAGUAUUAUACCCCCCCCGCCCUCUGCAAGCUCCUUGUUUGAAUGAUUCAUUCCAUGCAGUUCCCACCACGAAAAUUUGCAGAUCUUCCGGUUUCUCACCCGGCGAAACACUCCCAUGCCUCCAGACUCACCUCGAAAAUGGCGACCGGAAAAUGUUGUUCAACCUGGACAACGAUCAAUUUUUCUGCUUCGAUAACGAAAGUUUCCGCUACCUGGGAAGCCUCGCCAGCGGCCAGAACUACAACCAAAAGGAGCGAGAUGACUUUGCCGACAGCUGGGAGCAGUCCUCGGAGCAGGCCAAGCAGCUCUUCCUCCGCAUUUCCAAGACGCAGCCUCACGAAGUGGAACGGACCUUGGCCUUGAAUAAUAUCAGGUUUGGAAUGGGCAUCCUAGGAAAGCCGGGCGGUUCUUAGGAAUUUUCAAACUUUGAAUAGUUUUCGGAAAACUUUCACGUUUUAUUUCGAACUUUUUCCAAGUCUAAUUUUCUAAAGUUUACCUUUUUUGGAAAGAAAUGACAACUCGGACCUUGGUGACGUGCCGGGGCAUUCCUAGUGACCACUUCAGUAGCUUCAACCUUAAGUGAUCCCUAGAAAUGCUUAGAAACGUCCGGUUUGAGUUACCGAGGUCCUAGAACGUUUGCUGUAAGUAUCGCGCCAAAAUGCGCCCUACUGAUGAUUAACUUUUUAUGGGUCACUGUUAAUUCUAAUCAGACUUUUCUGAGCCAUUCAGGGACCCCUUUAGCGGCGCUAUAACUCUCAAGUUAUCUCUAAAUGAGUCCAAGACUUAUUUCAAAGAUUUACUUUUUCGAAAAAUGAGCGAAAAUAUCUACAAAAACUACCGAAACUGUGCUCUACGGAGAAUCGAAUUGGGGAAAUUUUCGAAAGAUUAAAGAAAAAUCAGAAAAAAAAAAAUUAUAAAAUUUUUCUUAAAACGUUCUUUUCCUUGAGUGAUUACAGAAAAAUUACGACGAAAAUAGCCAAGAAUAUUGACUGAAUUUGCGCUCUAAUGAUAACCAGAGACAGUGGAAAUUUUUAUCCUCGAUUACACGAAAAAUAGCCGCGAAAUCCGUAUAAUAAUAACUUGAAAUGAACUGGAUUUUUCGAGAAUAACCCAGUUUUCAGAUCCGAAAUUCUGCUCCUGACCAGCCCCUUGGCAGAUAUCGCAGAGAGGGAAGCGACUCAGAAAUCUGUCAUCGCGGAUAAAGUCAAGGAAGUCGAAGAGGCCGAGAAGAACCCGAAUCAGUCCAAUAGUAAUUGUUUUUUGAAGAAAAACGCUUGGUUUCAACUGGUCUUGUUCAUGGAGCGCACUAGCGCUUGAUAAAAUCUUUGGUGGCCACUUUAGGGCUUUGAAGUUUUAGUGGCCACUGUAGUAGUCGAAUUAGUGACCACUUGAGUGGCUAAUUGGUAUCACAAGAGCACUGAGACUACUAAGGGGCCUCUGACGCAAUACAUCAGCUUCUAUAGAGGAAGUUAUAGUGACCAAUUUAGUGCCCUCUCCAAGUAUCGUCUUAAGUGACCACUAGAGGAGAAAAGGACUUCAAAAUUGGACUGGCCAAGUUUGACCUUGAUUUGGACAAAAUUGCUUCUUUUCCUUCUAGAUUUUCUUGGAUUUCAGUGAAACUCUACGUGGAGACGACAGUCCUGGAACGUGUCGACCUGGCCCAACCUCAAACGGUUUGCAUGGCCGACUGCUGUGUCGACGGGAAAAGAGCCAGGCCGGGCGACAAGACCCUGACCAGGGUCCCGAAGCGAAUUUGCCGACCCGAUUGUCCUGCGCCCGGUGUUGCGGUUAGUACGGAAAAAAAACGCCUUCAAGAGACCUUCCAAGUUGUUUUAGUGACCUUUUAGGAGAUAAAAAGGUGCUAGGAACAGUCAGGUUCCAGUAAAGCAAUAUAAGAUCCAUGAAUAAGUCAUUUAGAAGUAGUAUUUCUACUAUUUUUAGAAGCUUUUUUCGUUUUUCAAGACACUCAAAGGGUCACUUGGUAUUUAUCCAUAUUAUUGCUAAGUAAUUAUUUUCAUUAUUCGUCUUGAAUGACAUAAUCAUCGCCUUUAGAGCUCUGAAAUGGCAUUUAGCAGUUCAAAUUUGCGCUUUUUUAUAAAAUCGUGCGAAAGUCGUUUCUGGUCGGACGCGUUUCAAAAAAUAAAAACGCAGAUCUAUUUUUUCUAGUUGGAUCCAUUCUACGUGAGAACGUGACUUGAGAAAAAAUCCAGAAAUCGUUUCAAAAAAGCUUCAGUCAGUGUUCUCUGUUCCUCUCAUUCUUACGUGAUAUUUUUCAUUUUUCUAUUGAGUGAAAAGGAGACGCAGACAGGUCAGAAUUUUUCAAGAUGGAUGGAAUAUGAGAAUUUUAGUUUUUUUCUUUUUUCGCUUGCUCAAAAGCUGUAUGGCUUGGUGACUCUCCUGUUUUGAUGUACUAUUUCCUCUAUCUCGACUCCAAUGAUUUCAGAUAAACGUGAAUUUCUGUGCGGCGCUCCAAAAAUGCGACAUUUUCAACCGGAAUUUGACAUGCAUGGUUUGCGGCUGUCAAUGGAAUACUCAUAUGCAUGUAAUGUAGGUUUUUUUUUCGCAAGUCGCUCAAGGUCGGGCGCAGUUCUCGGGUUUUCUUGAGCCAUUUCCAGAGGCACUUAACUGAGAUUUCGCCCUGAUUUCAGGCAUACAUAUGUCGAGAAAACAGAGAAAAUUGUCGAUAAAGGCGUCGAGGAAAUGUUGCAAAGGGAGGGAAACUCGAAGAAUGCCGCUCAACUGUUCAUCAAGAAUCUUCGGGACGAGGUUCGAGUCAACUUUUAAUUUUUUUUUUGAAGGUGUUCAGAGCAUUUUUAAUAAUUUUAAAAAUCAGCAACUAACUAUUUAGAAGUGCGACAAGAAUGAGAGGCGAAAACUGUCGAUAUUUCCCAAAUGAAUUAAUUUUUAAAGGCGCAUAGCUAUCCUUCAGAAAUGAACUUUGAAAAAUAUUAUCUUGUAGAGGUUUUUUUAUAUCGAUAUUUCGUGCCAAAAUUAUGCGAUUGAAUGUUUUCUAUGGAAAAAGUGCGUUGAAACGUCAUUUUGGGCUUUUUUUCACUACCCUUAGGCCUUAAAGUUGUUUUAAAAUAUCUUUGCUGGGGGUUUUUUUUGAGAGAAAAAUGGAUAAAUGUCACGAAGGUCUCGAAGAGAAAAGCUUUUUUUCAAGCCGUGAAAGACCUCUGCGCCUUUAAACACUUGAAAUAUCAUUUUAAGAAGAAUAUCCUUUGUUUGAAGCUUUGAAAUAACACUUCCAACUCAUUUCCCUUGCAGCUCGUUGUUUUCGAUGAACAAAGGAGCGAAAUAAUGCGAGUAGCAAGUGGAAAAGUCGAAGAAUUCGUCCAGGACUGCAUAAUUCCCUACAAUGACUCGUACGGAGAAUAUUUGGACUUGGAAAUCAAGCAGGAGAACGAGAAAGAAACCGACAAGAAAAGACCCGAGUACGUGAAACGGGUCCAGCAGAGAAAGCAACAGUAUAACGCCCAGGUACUGUAUUUCAUUUUUGACUGAGUAGGACUUACCGACCUUCUAGCGAUCACUUUAGUGACUUCUAGUGUCUCAUUGAAAUUACAGCCGUGCCUUCUAGUAGAUAGAAAACUUUGGUUUUUUUUUUUCGUUUUUUUGACAAAAAAGUUGUAUAUGCAAGAUUUUUUUUCUUUUAUUCGAUAAUAGGGCACAAAAAAGUAACAUUACAUCGAUGUAUUUUAAAAAAAUGCCUUUUUUGGACACCUGAAAUUGGAAGAAAUCGAGUUUUCUCAAAGCUUUUACUUCCAUUUUCAUAAUGAAAUUGUUCGUAAGUCAAUUCUGAAUGAGGAUCUUCAACAGUAUGAACAAAAUUACAGGUAGAUUUGAUUAAAAAACUUGAUGGGAAAGGAAGACAGUCGGCGAAUAAAUCCAUGUCUGAAAUCAGACAGGAGUACGGCCUUCAGAACCCGAUUGUGCUCAGGUUUUCGUUGAUUUUGACAAAAAGAUAGUCCAAUAUUUUUUUGCAGUCCAACCUCGGCCCCGACUUUCCGAGGCGGAAGAAUCGUCGUCAGUAGGAAGCCGCCGAUUCCGCCACACCCGAAAAGAGACGUCUUCGGGAUUAAUCCUUGA